CCUCUUUUCGGCGCCUCAUACUUUCUAUAAGACAACCAUCUCGUGCCGCAGUAGCCCUCUUUGCCAGCACUUUAAGAUGUUUGCUCUAUCCCUAUUCGCUCUUGUCUCUGCUGCGACCAGCCUUGCCGCGCCAGCGCCAGCUAUCGUGCCCUCCCUCACCUGUCGGAAGUCUGCUUCUGCCCCACUCGCGAUCAAAUUCGCUGGCGGUGCUGAGGCCGGUAUCGUCAAUAGUCAGGGCGCUACGCCCGUCUUAGUUACCACCAGGAACGGUGCAGCUGCCACGGAGCAGUUCGACUUUUACCUCUGCGACAGCACUUUUAUGAACACGCAGUCCGUUGGUGGUUCGGGCGGUAGCACGUUCUAUGGUCAACUUCGUCGCGCUUCAGACGGUCUCUGCGUCCAGACCACAUCACGUCCGCAACAAAGUAAUCCCACCGAAAACACGGGAUUUGCACUCAAGAAGUGUAGCUUCAGCGAUGACAGCUCCCAGCUGUUCGGCACCUGGAAGCUUGUCCGUUCCAAGGGUCAAAAGGACGGCGCCCUCACAUUUAUUAAUGGACGGCAGGCACAGGAGAAUGAACCCAACAACAACGGCCAGGGCGAAUAUAUCUACUUUGUAGAGGUGAUCAAUCCAACCAAGACUGUUAUCGCUGCCAGGCCUCAGGGUACCGGCGACGGAAGUAUGCUACUGAUGAAGAACGUCACCAACUAUGUUGUUUCCGGCCCGCUCUAAACGCAUGUUCAUGCAUUAAGCUCUAAUAUUUGCGUAUCUGCAAACUCGAUAUAUACACUGGCUUUCAAUAACUAAAUAUGUAUCAUUUGUUACUUCAUCUGUAAAACUGUG